AUGGCUGCCACCCGAAGACUUGUCAAACCCGCUCUCUUCAUAUGCGAUCUUCAAGAGAAGUUUCGCUCGGCCAUCUACGAGUACGGACGUGUGAUCAGCACGACUCAGAAGCUACUCAAGGCUUGCCAGAUACUCGACAUUCCUGUUUUUGCAACAACUCAACUGCGCGCUAAACUGGGAGAGACAUGCAGUGAGCUCGGUCUGGACAGUCCAGGAGGCAUACAGACCCAUGCCCAUGUUGACAAGAGUGCUUUCUCAAUGUUUGUGCCUGAGAUACGCGACGCUUUCAAGAAGCUCGGUGGUGAGAAAAGAGAGGUCAUCAUUGUUGGUAUCGAGAGCCACAUCUGCGUUACACAGACGACACUUGACCUGCUUAGGGAAGGACACAAGGUUUACAUUAUUGCCGAUGCUGUCAGCAGCUGCAACAAGGAGGAAGUCCCAAUCGCAUUGGCAAGAUUGAGAGCUGAGGGCGCAAUUGUCACCACUAGCGAGUCGUGGCUCUACGAAUGCAUGGGCGAUGCUUCGGUUCCAGAGUUUAAGCAAAUCGCAGGUUUGGUCAAGGAAUAUAAUUCCAAGACAAAGGAGGGUCUCCAGGCUUUGUGCAGAAUCUAG